AAUUCCCACUGUCAUCCUUAUCAGUACUUUCCAUUGCUUAAUGCAAAAUGCAAUCAAAGAUUAAGAUAAACAGUAAUCUGCAUAUUUUGCUAUCUGCUGAGAUACCAGAGAUACCUACGAUCUUUAGUCUUAAAGUUGCCCUCAGGAUGGACGCGCGAAAAUGUUCUACCCACAUAUUGGAUACUUCAGUGGGAAAGGCGGCAGCCAAUGUGAGAGUAACAGUUUCCAGGCUGGACGAGAUUCAGGAGUGGAGAUCCCUUCGGGCGGCCCAAACUGAUGCGGAUGGUCGCUGCCUGCUUUUGCAACCCGGUCAAUUCCCCAGCGGGAUCUACAAGCUGACCUUUCACGUGGGCGCCUAUUACGCAGAGCGCAAUGUGAAGACCCUGUAUCCAGCAAUCGACUUAAUUGUAGAUUGCAGUGAGAACCAGAAUUAUCACAUUCCCUUGUUACUCAAUCCCUUUGGAUAUUCCACUUAUCGUGGCACAUAACUUGUGACUCAGAGUACAUAAGGAAUGGAUUUUAUAUAACUAAAAAAAAAAAUUUCUAAUUGCUUUGAAUAAAUUCCAUUGGAGUGUU